AUGGCGCUGAAGAGCUCUUCUUACUGCGAAGGAGAGGAAAAAAGCAAGCAACAAGAAGGAAGUGCAAUGGCGACAUUGGAUCGCCAACUACCAAAUCCGGAUACGUUCCUGUGCAAACCUUGGUCAACUUUUAUCAGCGCAGCAAAAUUACACUAUUCUGACAACUCACUCGUCGAAAAGCACUUGAAAGAGCUGUACAACAACUGGGACGGAACUAAACUCCGUAAAGAAGAGAUGCACGUGUUUGGACAGUUUCCCAACCAGGAGGAUUUCUGUCUCGUCGUCUGCAAUGUCUGCAACCAAGUGGUCAAACCCCAGGGCAUCCUCACGCACUACGGUGUCUGGGGAGUAGAGUCCCAGUGAGGCAGAGAGAGUAAAGGACCCCCCCACCUCCUCCUCCUCCUCCUCCUCACCCCCCCCCUCCCAAAGACAUGCAUA